AUGGAGCGCUACGUCUUCUUUCUGUCGACUCUUCAUCUGAACAUCCGCCCAGAAGACGAAAAUCGUCCUUCUAACAAGUUACGUUUUUCGAGCAAUGGAACCUUGCGUCGCGGAGUGUGUUUACCACUUGCCAUUGCGUCGUUGGCUCCUCAGUCCAGCGUCAUGGUCCUAUGCUCCACGAGUGACGAGGAGCAACUUCAAGUUGAACUGCUACAGCACGGGUUCAAACAAUCUCUCCAAAGCCUCCUCGCUCUCACUCUUGCUGCGAUCCUCCUCACUGAGGCGCACCCAGUCGAUUCGACCAUCGAGGAGAGGCAAAUCCAACCCCAGCAACUUCCGCCCCUCCCGCCCCUCCCAGUUCUCCCAGAGUUCCCCGCGUGGCCCGCAUGGCCCGCAUUCCCGGCGUUCGCGGCAUUCCCAGCAUUCGAGGCAUUCACAUAG